AGGGGCGGGAGUUGGAGCGUGAGAAGGAGCGGCGGCAAUGGCGGCCCCGCAGCGAGGAAGCGGCUCCGCCAUGGAGCCCGUUGCCGGCGGCGUCCGCCGCAAAGCCUCUGCUCUGGUGGUGGUCGGGGAGGCCGGCAGGCCGGAGCUGCUGCCCGACGUGAUUGCACAGGUCCAACGAGGAAUCCUCUCCUGGGACAUUGAUGCUGCUGCCUACAACCUGGAUGCACAGUUGAAGCUCUUUGUGUCCAGACACUCGGCUACAUUUCCAGGUGAAGCAAAGGGUCAGAAAAUUCUCCAUCACUGCGAUGAGGUGCUGGAAGCUCUGGUGCUGAUAAACCCCACCAACGAGGCGCUGUGCACUGAGGUGCGAACUCUGAUAUCGGCUGCCUCCCGACAUAAGUUGCUGGUGUUGGCUGGGCCAUGUUUAGAAGAAUCCGGUGAUCUACUCUUGCAAAAAGGAGCCUUCACAUUCCAUGAUUUCAUCCAGAUCUUCACAGAUAAGGAGAUUGGAGAGCUGUUGAGCUUCACGCCUCCUGCUGACAAGGCCAGCCUUUGUCUCAGCUGCCCUGACUUGGGAGAGUGGAAGCGAUCGAGCCUGGAGCAGCACAGCCUUCAGGAGUUUAUCGAGAUCAAAGUGAAUCCUCCAGCCAUGCUGUCGGAGAUGGAAGGGCUGCAGGAAUUCUUGGAAUACCUCACCGAAUCCUUGGAGGCAUCAUCUCCCUUUGACCUGCUGGAGCCCCCAGCUACUGUGGGCUUCCUGAAGCUCUCCAAGCCAUGCUGCUACAUCUUCCCAGGUGGCCGCGGGGAUUCCGCCUUCUUUGCUGUCAAUGGCUUCAAUAUCCUGGUGGAUGGGGGUUCGGACCAGAAGUCCUCAUUCUGGAAGCUGGUUCGUCAUUUGGACAGGAUCGACUCAGUCCUGUUGACUCACAUUGGGAUGGACAACCUGCCCGGGGUCAACAGUCUGCUACAGAGGAAGCUGGCUGAACUAGAUGAGGAUCAGUCACAAGGCUGUGAAAUGAAUGGUGACUGGACAAGGAACCUCAUUUCUCCUGAGAUUGGUGUCAUGUUCCUCAAUGCACCAAACCGACUCCAACACAUUGAGAGAGAGUGUGUCAGGCGGGGUGUGGAUGAGGUCAGUGUAUUGCUUCACCAUCUCCACCUUUUGGGUAUUAACCCACUCCCACUCUAUAGGAAUAUUGGCAACUCUAUAGAACCGAUAAUACUCUUUCAGAAAAUGGGAGUUGGCCGCCUGGAGAUGUACAUCCUUAACCCAAGCAAAGACAGCAAGGAUUUGGACUUCAUGCUGCAUCAGUGGAUGGGCAAUAAUUGGCCAAAAGGAGGGGACCUCCCGAUUCAGUGUUUGGUCUCGGUCUGUGCUCUCAUUGCCUGGCACCCAGCCAGUAGAAUGGAGAAGAUAAUCCGAGUACUGUUCCCAGGUUGCGCUCCACAAAGCAAGAUAUUGGAGGGGCUCGAGAGGGUGAAACACUUGGAUUUCUUGAAGCAGCCUGCAGCCACUCGGGGUGAACUGGAAGCCCUGCAAAAGGAGAAGGGCACCAAGCCAAGGCGCACAGAGAGCCGCGAGAGUCUCAAAAGCCUCACCAGGGGCUCAUCUGGCAAAGCAGGGCGAGAUCUGGAGGCCGGGUUGAUGGUGGGGAGGCCGUCCUCUGCCAAGGACAAGCCAGUGAGGCCAGAGAGGAAGGAAAAGGCCGGGAAAACAAAAGCUGCCUUAGCGGCGCCAGGUGAGGGAGCAAAGGAGCCUCCCCCCAGUGUGUCAGUUGAGCCUGAGGCAGGUGAGAAACUGAAAAUGGAGACCAAGCCGAAAGUGCCCAAGGAGAAAGUUCAGAAGAAGGAAACUAGACCCACAAAGGUGGAAGAGAACAAGGACGUGAAGGUGGCUAAAAGGGAAGACGGGAAAGAGGCCGAGGACAAGAAGGUGCUGAAGAAGGACGUGCCGAAGCAAGUUAAAAAGGAGCCUAAGAAGAUUGAAAAAGUAGUGGCCAAGCCCCCUGCCAAAAAACUCCCAGCAGCUUCUGAAGGCAGGAAGGGCUCAGCCAAAGCCAGUGUAGCUGCCAGCUCCAGGGAGCCCAAGAAGGAUCGGGCGACUCCUGGGAAGGAAUCUGUCAGAUCCAAGCCUGGGGCUCCAAAGAGGGAGUCCACCCCGGAUCAGCAGGCUGCACCUGUGGGGAAGGGAGCAUCCUCUGGGAUGUCCACUCCUGAAGACAUGACAGCAGAGUUUGAGAAGCUGGAGCGGGAGGGGGGUGCGGCCACACUGGCCCAGGAGGAGGCUGCUUCCGCUGGGGCCAAAGGGGCAGCGGUGCUGGGGGAGACCCUACCUGAGGAGGCUUUCACCACUGUGGAGGUGGGGAGGGAGCUCGGGACUCAACCACGGGACAGCGGCGCUGCAGAAAAUGGCGAGGCGGCGGGGGAACAAGAGACAGGCAUGGAACGGGCAGCCAGGGCUGGUGCCAGAGCACAGGGUGAUGAAGGUAUGGUUACAAUCCAUCCCGUUAAUGGUCUGAUCUGUGGUACUGAUAACGACCAUGACUUUGAGCUGGAAAGUCCUGAUAAGUUCAGGUAUUUUGAUGACAAUUUAAGCCCCAGCAGGAACAUGGCUGCCCUGUCCCCUCUUGCAAAGACCCCCAGGAGUGAUCGUAGUGUUAAUUUUGACCUAACGCCAACUGAGCUUGGGCCGCCAGGUGAGGUUAAAGGUCCGGUGACUGCCAUCAACCAGGACAAUGCAGAGGAGCAGUAUGCCAGCUCUGAGGAGAAGACCCUGGAGAUGGUCUCCCCUCCUGGAUCCGGGCCUGCCAGUGCUGGCCACACCCCAUUCCAACAGUCGCCAACUGACGGGAUCCUCCCCAGAAGUGAAGACAGUUUAAUUGAGAGCGUUUCCAGCCUCCUGCAUGGGGAAAGCCAGCUGGCCAAUGCUUGCAAUAAACCUGCAGAUGGAGCCCCUCAGUCACACCCGCGACCACCAUUUGAGAAUGCCAGUGCACCCCUGGACAGACACACUGGCUUCCUGAGCUUGAGUCCUUUCAAGGAAGUUGUCCCUGAUGUCUCGCCAACUCUGACGACCCCUUCUCUGCCAGCAGAGGUUGGCUCUCCUCACUCCACAGAAGUUGACGAGUCUCUGUCUGUCUCCUUUGAGCAGGUCCUGCCGCCCUUGACUGAGGCACUGAGCGCUCUGCCAGAGGGCAAUCAGAGGGGCCUUCCCAACAGCACUUCUCCUGAACAUGAAGUUCUCCCUGGGGUGGGUGAUCCCCACGGCAUGAGCCUUCCCCUGAGGUCUCUGCAGGAUGCCUUCCGGCCUCUGCUUCCCACCCAAGGGGACGGCAGACCCCCUCACACUGAAGGAGUGGAUGGUCCCGGGCCGCGUGUCGCCGGGCUCCCCUCCGAAUCCCCUCAUGACGUUGACCUGUGCCUUGUGUCGCCUUGUGAAUUUAAGCACCCAAAGACUGAAGUCUCUCCGUCCUUUGUCAACCCCAGCCCCAGGGAUGUGUCGGAUGACAGUGACCUCUCCCAGGAAUGUGCAAAGCCGGUGGGGCAAAGCGAGGGCCACCUGCCCCUCUCCAGGAAGGUGACAAUGGACCAGACCACCCCAACCUCGGCCAGUGAGUCCCUCCUGUCCCAUUCGGGCUCUGCAAUCCCACCUGGUACAGAGGACUGCCCGUCAAUCACUGCAGACGGCGGCAUGGACUCUGAGGACGAUUCCGAGAGCCUGUCUGUGGGCAGGUCUGCUCUGGGUCCCACUUGCCCUCCCUUGUCCUCCAGGUCACAUGACCCUCCUCCUUCCCCAAUGAAGGACCCCCGUCCACCCCCACCCCAGCCUGGCAUCUGCAUGGUAGACCCUGAGGUCCUGAUCCAGAGCUCUAACAAAGGCGUGGUCGAGAAGUCAAAAGGGCGGAAGCCAGGGUCCAAGCCAGCUGUGGGCUCUCUGGGUCGCAGAGGUGAGAACGCUAAACAGGCAACUUUGUCCAAACCAAAAGGUCCCCAGCCGACAUCCAAAGAGGUGGAAAAAUUGUCCAUGGCCAGCAAGACUGAGCAGUCGGGGAAGGUUCCCAGGGUGAAUUCCAACCAGUCCAUCAACUCGGAAGAGAAGGGAAAGAAUUCCCAAGCACCAAGUUACAGAUCGUCUCUCAGCGCUUCUCGCAGCACAGCGGCAGGUCAGUUACGUGAUGCAGGUGCAGUGAGCAAGUGUCCCCCUGUGUACGUGGAUCUCGCCUACAUCCCUAACAGCUAUGGUGCCAGGACAAUCAACACUGACUUCUUUAGGCGCCUGCGAUCAUCAGUCUAUGUCAUAAGUGGAGAUGACCCUCAGAAAGAGGGGGCAAUGAGGAACAUCCUGGAUUCACUCCUGGAAGGCAAAGCAGUGUGGGGCAAUAACGUGCAGGUCACCAUAAUCCCGACCUUUGACUCUCCCAUCAUGCACGAAUGGUACCAGGAGACACAUGAGAGGCAGCAAUCUUUGAACAUCACUGUGUUGGGCAGCAACAGUACAGUUGUCAUGCAGGAGGAGACGUUCCCAGCAUGUAAAGUUGAAUUCUGAUUGCUCGUGGCUGCAAGGGAUGUAACUCCUUUGAACCCUCUGCUUUUGCCAAGGACAGAGUUAGAGCCAGGCAGGUUUAUUUUAAACCCCAGCCUGUCCUAGGCAAUAUGUAGACCCUUUCUGAAGUGUUUGUUUCUAGUGAUGCGUCGGGUAAUGCACGUAACCAUGGAAGCUUUGUCCCAGUUCCUGUGAAACCUUUCUUCAGUUGCACAAUUGUAUCAGCUGAUGGGCUUAGAAAUCACGAGAGCAGCAGUGAACUGGGUGAAGAGCCAGAACUGUGACCGUGGUGGGAGGGUGAGAGCCAGAUGGGACCAGCUGGCCACCAAAUAUUCUGACAGGGUGGCAGUUUUUUUAAAUGCUUUCCUCCCUGACAUAGAAAUCACUUGAAGAGAAAUUUGAACCAUUCUUAGUUACUGUGAAUGGACAUUUUGCUUUGGUCUUGGUUGAGCUGACAUUCUUGGCUUCGAUGUGUAGCCCUGCUGUUGGUUGAACUCCAAGACCAUGCUUAUGUGAAACCGCUGUUAUAUAGGAAGGGUGAGAACACUGUUUUCUCCUUUCUCUUGACUAUUUACAGUCAUAGUUUAGAAUUGCUACAAAGAAAAUCUUUCCACCUUCACAUAUGCUGGCCCUCUCAGCCAGAGCCCAGCUUCUUGCUGCAGCACCCAUGACCUGCUGGGGUCUGGAUCUGUUCUCUGGUACUUGAGACAUUGUGGAAGUCUAGACUUCCAAGCCUCAGUGGACAACCUGGCAUGCUCAGUGUGACAGCCCAGUAGCUGAAUUGAUCUUGAACUGGCCCAUGUCUGCCCAGGAAUAACCUAACUAGGAGGUAGGUUGUUCCUGUUUCUGAAUUAGUCCAGUGGUCAAUAUGACCCUUUUGACUUGGUCCAAAGCUAGGUAAUACACCUGUGCACAGUAAGUAAAAUCUGUGUAAUGUCCUGAUCCUAGCUAAUUUCUCUAUCUUCAUUUAUCAACAAAAAUGUGCUUCAAGGUGAUCUACUGGGGAAGGUUAUGUCCCAGUGUCUGGCUUAGUUAUUCAGUCACAGUGAUCGUAUCACUGACCACAAGGAUCUUCAUUGAUUUCUUUGGUUCAAUUGGCAUUUGCUUCAAGAACAAGUGACACUCAACCAAUAAGAUAACAAAGGAGCCUUUCACUGGUUGGAGAAUCUUUAGCAAGACAAGUGUCAUCGGUCAAAGGCUAAUUCUAAUUGAGAAGCUGUGAUUGUCUGGUUGUGUUGGGCAGCUUUUGAGUCUGGGUUUGUACUUUGAUUCUUAGAUUGAGAACAGAAAUGCUCUUAGUCUGUUACAACACUGCUUCUAGAAAAUUCUACCAUUUAAAAUGAGGAACUCUGGUGCUGCUUGAUAUUAAAUAUAUAUUGCAUGUUAAUUAGCUUGGGUAAGUUAAAUAUUAUCAAUAAGGGUGAGUGAUGGAAGUUGGAAGGAAAUUAAUUACACAGUCCCUCCCAGGAGAAGGAACUGAGAAUGUGAUGGGGACUUGCAAGCUGCUGUAAAGGGCUUGGUGAGAGCUGUGAGCUGCAGACAAUGAAUUAGAGGUAGAUGUUGAUUGGAUGGGUCCUAAUUAAAAUGUACACCAACUCCAAUUGCAUGUCUGCCUCCAAACCUUUCCUCUCAUGAGGAGCUAAUUAAAACUAGUCUGUGAAAUAGUUUUUAUAUAAAAUCUCCAUUCUGGCCUUUCAGCAGCUUGUACACCACAAUAAUAUUCUGGAUUCCAAACAUGUGCCUAAAGCUAAAAACAUUCAUCAUCAGAGAUCAGUGAAGUGCUUGGAGAGUGGGUCAAGAGAUCAUACCAACCUUAAGGGUUUGUUUCCCAGGAGCUGUUGAAUUAGAGAACAGUGGAAUUAGACAUGGCUGUUGAAACCUUUGCUCAAAGAGGGUAUCUUGGCUGAGAAAUUUAAUACGUCUCUGACCCCUGGAAACUAGGAAGGUGUGCAGUGUUCCCGAAGGCUUGAGUGUCUCCAUUGUGGCAGCAUGGUAAUCAUUGAUCAUGAAAGGAACUGGCCAUGAGGCCAUUAGCUCUGGUGACUUUGUCCACUGUUCUUGAAGCCCAGUCUCUGUUCCAGUGAUGGGGGUUUGUCACAUAGACAGGUACCAAUAGCCAGCAAGGCCAAGCAGGUAAGUCUUGUGGCUGGAGUGAAAGAUGGUUUAGGUAAGUAGUUGAAGGGAGAGAUGGAUGUAUUGUGAAAUGAGUUAGUCUGUUGUGGUAAUGGCAGGGAAGAGGGACGAAUGGUAGGAUGGGAAUUGUACUGAGAGCACAGAACCUUGUUUACAAGUUUAUUGUGGUUUCUAGACUCAAACAAGCAUUAAUGAUUCCAGCCUAAAGGGGAGCAGGGUCUAUUGGGGUCAAAGAGGCACCCUCAAAUCUGCAUGUUGGGUUCAGUGGUGUUUUAGAAUCAAGAGCACUACCCCUUCUUUUUCCCCCCCCCCCCACUUCCUCCCACUGCCCAAACCCUCUCUACCAUUGUUCCAGACUUUGCUUAGAGGGCCUUCAUGCACCAUGUGGGAUGACCUGGAGUGAAUGCUCUGCUAAUUGUUUACAUUUUGGGCUUUCCAGAGCUCAAGUCUUGACUACCUUGUGCCCUGAUGCCAGCUCCUUGAGUCCAUAUACACUCCAGCGAGUCUCUGUACUAAAAGCUCAUGACUAUCAGUCUGUAAUUGCCGCGAUUUCAAUCUAGUUAUUUAUUCUUUAAAUUAAUAUAUAAACUGGUUUACACUAUUUUGUAAUCGCUGCUUUGUGUCAGAGCAGGACUGUUGAUCUUUUGUGUAGAACCUUUCAAUUUUUUUAGUAUUUUUAAUGUGAGUAAUCAGUAUUAAACACUAAUAGUUUAAGGCUAAUUGCAGGAUGCAGUUUGACUUGAUUUAUGCAUUUCAUUGGGACCUGCAUUGUAUUCCUGGAUAUGUCUGUAACCUUCCAUACUAACUAACUGCUGACUGACUAUGCCAUAUGUUGAGGAGAGUUGUUUCAGUAGUGGCUGUUUACAAAUAAGGGUGUGAGCAAUCGGCCAAGUUCAGAAAUGGUGAUCUUGGUGACCAGACAAGAGAUGUCUGGUCUGACUAGACAAAUGCCAUCUAUGGUUUUGACUGGUUGCUUUGAGGCCAAGAUAUGGAAAAUGUUGAAUUCUCCCUCCCCUCUGCCCCAGGAGGGACAACAGACUUGAUUUGGUUCCUCCCUUACCACAAAGCUGGGAGCCCAGAUAGAAUGAUGUCACUUUGCCUCACUCCAUUGAACGUUGAUCAGUACCCAUGCUUUGUGACUUGAUCUAGGUUCAAGGUGGCAAGCGGUUUGUGAUUCCACAUUUCACUUUAUUGGAAAGAUGUUUGCACGGAUUGGCUUGGGUCACUUUCUCUGCCAGUGUGCAGGCUGCUAAUCCAUAUCACUUGCUUUUUAAGAUUGUUCUAUGCGCAUACACUGACAUGUCUCUUGGCACUACUUUACAAUUUCUGGCUUUAAGAUAGAGUUGAACAAUAAAAUAUUUCAAUAAAGGAAUUAAUUUUCA